UCUUUCGGAGGCUUUGACCAUUCAUUUCCGGCAAGUUUUAAUUGACCAAGAACAGGAAAAACAAAAUUCAGAGCAAGAAAAAACUAACUACCAAACUAUUAUUCAAAAUCUCGAAAUUGCUAAAAACAAAAAGGAAAGCGAAGCAACUCACUUAUCUUCCCUACUUGCCAAAAUAGAAAAAGAACGUGAUGAAGCCCAAAAACAAAGAGAUUUGCGACCGGACAUUACUAAUCAAGACUAA